AUGAUAGAGGAGUUUAAAAGACAUGUACCGGAGAGACUUGUUUUGUACCUAAAUGAACAGAAGGUCUCAACUCUUUUUGCUGCUGCUCUAUUAGCUGACGAGUUCGCUUUAACUCAUCAGUCCUGGGGGUCAAGAGCUGACCCUGUUCGACGUAAGAGACCCUCUGAUACUCCUUCUGAGUAUGAUGUCCCACCUGAGUGUUUCUAUUGUCACGAAAGAGGUAAUUUCAUUCGUGAUUGCUUUCGUCUCCAGCAGAAAAACCGGAGGAGUGGAAAUCCCCCUCCGACGAAGCCCGUGGCUGCUUGUGCUGUUAUCUCACACAGGUUGGAUAAAUGUGAAACCCCUCACUCCAGCUUUAACCCGUUUUUGUCAGCUGGGAUGGUGUCUCUGUUAGGCAACAAGGCUAACCAUGAGGUGGUAAUUUUAAGAGGUACCGGAGCUUCUCAAACUCUGAUAAAACGGAGUGUGUUACCGUUUUCUGUAACCAGUUGGGCUGGUUAUUCUGUGUUGUUGAGGGGUAUUGGCAUGGGUUUGGUUCCAGCGGAGGUUCAUCAUAUUCACCUCACUUGUCCUUUGUUUACUGGUGACCUAAGGGUAGCCAUUUUAGAUGAGUUGCCGACCCAGGGAGUAGACCUGAUUUUGGGAAACGACGCUGUUGGUGGAUUAGUGUUACCUCCUCCUGAGCUAAUUUCUUCGCCUGAAAUCGGGGAAAGUCUGGAUAAGCUACCAGCUUGUGUGCUGCCUCGCGCCCAGCUUAAGAAAGACCCGAAAGUUUCACUUAACAACUCGGUGUUUAAGAUGUUGACUGAUGUUGCCAAGACAGAUCCGGCUGUAAAAGCGCCUGAUCUGGCCUCUAGAGGUCCUCAAGUGGAUUUACCUGGUUCUUGUAAGUCGUUGGCUGGUGCUCAGAAAACCGACCACCGUCUGGCAUCUCGUUUUGUUCUAGGUGACGUUGCUCCUUCGUCCGAUAACAUUCAGGAAAUGGUGACCUUUCCACCUGCCACAACUCGUCAUGAGCUCUGGCGAUUUCUAGAGAUGGCUGGGUUUUAUAGAUAUUUUUGCCAUAAUUUCUCAGUGGUAGCUCAGACCCUUACCAUACCAGAGAUGUCAUGCUGA